GCCUUUCCAUUUUGAAGGCAGUAGCCAAAAAUUAAUACUUUCUGAAGAUCAAGAUCCCUUGCACUUGUAGUCUCUCUCAACUCUUUGAUUUGAAUCUCUAUCUUUGGCACCAGACAAUGUUUGGUUAGCACAUUGAGGGCCGUCAUAACUCGUAAUAUUUUAGUACUAGUAGUUGCGUAUCAUAUCCUUGUUAGAUCUAUACUUAUAGAAACUAGCGGAGAUGAACAAGCAGUACCUGUUUUAUUGAAUGCUCCCAGCUGCAGUACGUAUGAAGUCUGGAGGGAUGGAGUCAGUAGUCCUCACUCCUGUAGUUAGAUGUGUGAAUAUGUUUUUGAGCUAUACUGACUGAUCGCUCCCAGCUUCUCGUGGCUUGCUCACGAAUGCAUUGCCAGAGAAAUCGAGCAGAAGUAUAGCUGAGAUUUCAAGCAGCAGUUCGUCAUGGGCAUACCACGUCUUACGAGCUUUGUGUUCAGUAAGGACAUGCGUGAGGCUUGGAAUCAUGAAUGUAUGCUUCGCGAUACACGACUUGUGGUGGAUGGAAAUGGCCUGCUAUACCUGUUCCUGGAGAGUGGCCGUGGAGGCAAUCUGCAAGAGAUCCGCUACGGCGGGCAGUAUUCAGAGUUGUACGGCCGGCUACGGGAAUUCUUCACCGAGCUGCAAGAUCACGGGGUACAUGCCCUGGUUGUUCUUGAUGGACAGUGCUCUGCAGAGAAGCUACAGACGAGCCUGCAGCGCGGCGCCGCGCAAGCACGUUACCUGAGGGGUGUCGCGCAACGUGAUGCGGAUCAUCUUGACGCCGCCGCAGCAGCAGCGGUGUCGGCAGCAGCACCGGCACCCAGCGCCACUGCUCUUACAGUCUGGGCGCUGAUGGUCUUCACGGAAGCACUGGUGGAUGGUGGUGUACCACUAGUGCGUGCAGAACAGGAAGCAGAUGAUCUGAUUGCGGCUAUUGGCCGCCACUGGGAAUGCCCGGUUCUGUCGGCGGACAGCGAUUUCUUCAUAUGCGACCUUCCGCAUGGGGUAAUCCAUCUGAAAAGCAUCAGCUGUAGUCAUCCUUGUCUAACUACUGUAUCUCUUUACCAGAGAUCAUCAUUUGUCCGUGUCCUGUCCAAGAUGCAGGCAUUCAGUGGCUUCAGUAUUGCCACUAUCGAGAACGUACUCCCAUUGGCAGCAUCUUUAUGUGGAAAUGAUUAUGUGCACGCUCAGGAGGUUUCGCACUUGUUCCCUUCUGACAAACGAAAAGACCAUGCCAUUGUUGAUGCGCUUGAGUGGCUGUUGGUCUUUCUGGGCGUCGAGUCUGUUGACGAUGGGUUGUUGAAGGUCUGUGAUCUGCCGAAACUCAAGCAAAACCCAGCUACUGUCAAUGCCAUCAGGCAUUCAAUACGUACAUAUGGGCCCGCAGCAUCAUGGUCAUCGGCAGCUGCUGAGCAUUGUGUGUCUGUAGACUGUUUAUCUACACCUCUCGCUAGACCAUGUGCACUGCAUCCACACGCUGCAAUAGAUGUGGCUGGUGAAGCUGUGCACCACUACUCCUGCGGUCUGCUGGAAGCCUUCCGUCUCGGAUUCGUCCAUCCAGGUGCACUUGCCGGGGCGCUUUGCGACUUCACCAAUAUCAGCCUGCACCUUGAUUCGCCGACCCACGCGCCUAUCAGCGAUGUGGAUCGACCAUUACGUGCUCUCCUGCUAGUACUAGGGACAUCUCGGUGCUCUAGUGUCAAGGAGAUUGUGCGGUCCCCCAGAGACGUUCAUGUUCAAGCAGUUAGCUUGAAGGCCGCAAACGCUAUUGCUGGCAUUGGCGAUCUUCCUCCCAGGGAAGUAAUGGCACACUACGAUCCGGAGAGGCGUCGGCAUUUCCUCCUGUCAGCAUGUUACAGUGCAGCUAAGUGUGUGAUGGACUUGCCACUUGCACUCCAGCUGGUCAUAGCUUCGCUUCGCUUUGCGUGGAAGAAACUGUCGAGCUGCUCUAAGACCAUGCCAGUUGUGUUACACAAGCACAUUGCUAUUCUCUUAGUUGGCGUUGUUAAUGGCUGCCAGGGUAAUAUCAGAUCGGCGCUGUUCAACUCGCGCAAGUCGAGCGCAUCGCAGAAGAAGCGACUUGCUCAAUGGUGCGUUGCUGGCUCUGCACCACCAGCUGCUGCCCGUCCGAGUCAGGAGGGCGAUAGUGGUGGUAGUGUCAGCUGUAGAACAGCACAAGCUGCUGCUGCUGAGCCGCUGUUCCGCGGCCGUGCUGACUGUCAAACGGUGCAUAUCUUCAACGCAUGGCAACGCGUUCUCAUGGCCUUGCUACUUCUGAACUGGGUGAUGGAUCUUCCUUUUCCACCGCUGUGCGUACACAACCUGUACGAUGGUAUCAGUAGCUUUGCUUUGCUCGAGUCAUGCUCUAGCGUGAAGGAUGUACUCGAGACCAGCAGGCAUGAUACGCCUCUAGUUGAGAUGUUGUGGCGGACCGUCGAGGAUGGUAUGGAUGACGCCACCACCGAGUCAGCGCCUAGAGGCCCAAGUAGUGAUGGUGGCAGCGGCCAACAGCCUUCGAAGAAGAAGAAGAAAAAAGAACGCAAAGGGGCUGCUACUUCUAGGACAGUUCAGGCCGCAGGAAAGUUUGCUGACAAGAACCCGUUCGCUUUGCUAGGAGCAGAGUAACAUGGCUAGGUUUAGUGUCCGCUUGUCAUAGUGGAUUAUCGGUGCAUUUUUAGAUCGUGCCGGCUGGUUCCGGCUAAUGUUUAUUUUUUGUUUUUGUGGAGGGAUUCUUUGGAAGAGUCACCUCAAUAGUAAACAGUAUUCGGUAAAGAACCCCAGCACAGUGUUCAAUUCGCAACAAUACAUGCAUGUGCUGCAUAUGGAUAAUCCGAUAUUGGACAGAUUCCUACCGUAUAAUUAUUACAAAUCCCGCACAUAUGGGUCCAGCUA